AUGGCACGCAACGACGACGAGAAGGACGGCCUUGCGUCGCAGCCUGGCAGCAAGACCAAGAUUGGACGAAAGCAUUUGAAUGUCCCAAAGCCCAUCGUCAUCCCAGAAUCAUGCAAGAUAACCCCGGACGGCAGCCUUGCUUCACCCUGGAUGAGGCUUGGCCAUGAUGUUGGCCUGAACCUCACAGCCCCUCGCACGCCUGAGCAAGAAUACGACCAGCGAGCCCCAAAGCCCACCGGUCAGCUCAAGGAGGAUGCUUCUGCCGAAAUCGAAGCAGGCUCCUGCCAAGAAGAAGGACCCAUCAUCCAAGCAAAAGAGGGCAGCCUCAUCUCCCUCUACUACAUUCACCCCAAAGAAGUCCAGGAAGUAAUGGACCACGCCCUUAAGUCGCACUCGCAGCAGCGCGCCCCGCGGCGACAUCAGCUACUGGUCCAGAACAGCGACACGCGCAACCAGGACCGCUCUAGGUCUUCAUCCCACCUUGAGGAUGCCGACCUCGAGGAUGAGUACCGCCCUGAGUACAGCAACGCCGAGGAAGCCUAUCAGUAUGGCGCUCGAGACGAUGACGCGGACGACGAGUACACAACUAUCUACGACGGUGACGAUCAGGGUGCCGAAAUGCGGCGGUUCAGAGUGAUGAACAACCCAAACUUCCGCUGA